AAAUGAAAGGAGCGGGACAAAAUGGCAUCUUUGGGGAUGCAGAUUUUAGGAGUUGCCCUGUCGUUUGUUGGGACGCUUGGGUCGAUCAUAACCUGCGUCCUCCCUAUGUGGAGGGUCACAGCCUUCAUUGGCAACAAUAUCGUGACGGCGCAGAUGAUCUGGGAGGGUUUAUGGAUAGUUUGUGUGGUGCAGAGCACUGGUCAGAUGCAGUGUAAACUCUACGAGUCGAUGCUCGCGCUGGAACCGGACCUGCAAGCCGCGCGCGCUCUGCUCGUGGUCUCCAUCCUGCUCUCAAUACUGGCUGUUCUCCUGGCGGUCGUCGGAGGCAAAUGCACCACCUGCAUCGAAAAUAAAUCCGCCAAGGCAAGAGUUGUCGUAUCUGCAGGGGUGAUUUUUCUACUCUCCGGACUGCUGUGCCUCACUCCUGUCUGCUGGACGGCGCACAACACAAUUCGGGAUUUCUACAACCCGCUGCUACAGGACGCGCAGAGGCGCGAGCUCGGAGCUGCGCUCUACACCGGCUGGGGCUCCGCGGGGCUGAUGCUCAUCGGCGGAGCAAUUUUGUGCUGCCAGUGUCCUGCCAAAGACCAGCGAGCGUUCGUGGCCAAAUACCCGGCACCGAAAUCAAACGGAUCGGACAAAGAAUUUGUAUGAAGGACAUUUAGGGGACGAUCAGAACUUUGGUCGAAAUGUGCCUUUUAUUGGUGUUGUAUCGAGCAUGCUUGCCGUUUUUAUAUAGCUUAUGUGUUUUUUAGUUUUAAUAUAGAACAGAAAAAAACUUUACAAUAAGGUUUAAUUUGUUAACAUUAGUAUAAUUAAUCACCAACUAACAAACUUUUACUUAAAAUCAAGUUAGUGCUGUUAUAGUUAUGUUAAGUAAAUGUCCUGUUAAACAUGCACUUGAACAUUUUAAUAAACUAACCUAGCAAACUUCAUGCAAAAAUGUAUUUCGAAUUUUUAGAUAAUGCAUCCACUUAUGUUAACACAAACUUUAUUGAUAUCUGUUAUACCAUUUUAUGCACCUUUUUUUUCUAACUAAUUGCACAAAGCAAAAAUAAACCUCUGUUGAAAUAACA